AUGCACCAUUCUAGAAUUUCUUACAUACAUCCAAAAUCGAGCACGGCCCCGGACCCCGUGCUUUCUCCUUAUGCUGAUGUCGACGUACUUACUGGCAAGAGGCCGUGGCCUGCCGUUAAUGUUGAGGUGGUUGAAAAGGAGCCAACUAUCUGUGUGAUAUGCGGGGUUGACUUUAAAACUCGAUCGUUGGCCUAUUUCAAGGAAAUUAAGACCCCCGAGGGACAAACCGUAGAUCCAACGGCUUCAUUUGUGUGUCUCUAUGACCCUGACAAAAUGGAGAGCUCAAGCUGGAUUGAUGCGAUUUCGAAGCAGUCUAAGGAUUCUCAGACCUCGAAUGAUGAAAAGGAAGAUACUGGAGGUCUGCCAAGAGCCCAAGCAAGGGAACUUUGUUAUAGAACAUUUCAAAACCUCUCUGAAUACACAGCACAUAUCCAGUGCUACCAUUCUAUAAUCCCUCACGCUCGUUAUAUGGGAAAGAAGCUCAAUACCAGUGAGUUGAAGCGCCUUAAUGCAAUUAAAAGUAGAAUUCCUGGGCCUACUAUACGGGAAUUGAUGGGUGGCGCCGCCUUGGGUGUUAGUGGAAACACAGACGCGGAUCACUCAAAUUCAUCUGGGAAACAGAAGAAGGGCAUGGCUGUGGAGCCAAGGAGUAUGGCUACAGACGGAGAUCUAAAUGAGUCUGUUAUUUCCUCGAGGGGAAUUUGUCGUGUUUGUCAAAGUGACUUUGUAGAUGAUGAUGGUUUAGAAAAGCAUCUAGCUGACUUCCAUAUCCCUGAGGCCCAGAAACGAGUGCAACAUCUUGCAAAUGUUGGCGAGCUCACCGGCAUUCUGGAUGUCGAUAAGCUCUGCACUGAGUGCUUUACGAUAUUUUCUACCGUGUACAAGCUGCAGGUCCACAUAAUGGUGUCUCACGGUGGGAAGUCCUGGUGUACUUGUGGGACCUGUGAACAGCGAUUCUGUGAGACUAGCCAAUGUCUCCCUGCCAACCUGACAGUGGGUCAACCUCUUGAAAGUACCGAUGAUGAUAAUCAAAACACAUCAAUGGUCCCUAAUGAAGAUGAGCACACCGCCCCCAAACCCUCCUCCACAGAGCGCCAAAGUCCCACCACUGUUGGUGUCGAUUCUCUCUACGAACCAUACGAAGCCAAACUGCCGAUACUCACAUUGUGUCGCAUUGUGGACUGCCACGAAUCUAAGCAUUGUGCUAAUCUCCAGCCUGCUGUGACCAUUCCUUUCCUCCCUCUUGGAUUAGUCACACAACUGCUUAAGAGUCGAGGACACCAGGGAAAACAGGUCUUUGAUUGGUUGGCAAAAGCCUCCGAUCAACCUCUUUUUUCAGACAUAGACCCAUUCGUGUACGACGACCCGAAUGAAACAAAGAGAGGCGCAUCCACAAACAAGUACAAAGUAAUCCCGGGUGAGGAUCCUCUCCUCCGUGAGAAUGUGGAAAUAGGUCAGCGCCUCCUGGGCGCCCUUAACUCUCGAAAGAUUAGUUUGUCACGGAACGUUAAUUCGGAGUUUGAAUCGGAAUCAGCACGAGAUAAAAAGGAGCCUGGGCUGGUGGAGGAAAGACGGGACAGCAGAACCUCCAACCCCAGGGGCAGCAUGUCCACUGAAAUGGCCGCUGCAGGACAGAAGAGUUGUCUGCCUAACCAACUGAUCAAGCUAUUUACGCAAAUUGGGGAACGCGUUGUAGAAAUGCGACAGGAAAAGGAGUUUAUAGAAAUGCUUUAA